UGUACUCGUAGGGGCGCAAUGCGCAAAUUAGUCGUCAAGGCCUCGUCCUUUGCAAUGGAGUCAACGAGAGAUCCAUUUUAACUCUACAAUCCCCCGGCUUUUCCCAUCCAGAUCUGAUAAGAACAUUGCAAGUUCGGAGUCCGGAGUACAUAUCGGAACUCACGAUAAGCGCAGGGCUUACUCAGUCCUUGUCAACGACCACAGAGGGCUUAGCGCUCGCUGACUCAUCCCCCUUUUUUGCCGCCUUGCAAAUCGUUUUGCCGAACGAGCGGCCAAGCCCGGGCUUUGACGAAACACAAUCGACAUCAUCGGAUUCAGCCUCAGCGCUCGGAUCGACCUCUUUUCCUCUCUUCCCUCGCUGUUUUCCAUCUGCCCAGCAGACCGAGUUUGGCGGCGCAAUGUUGCCUCUAUCGGUGCGGCGCGCGGUGGCCGCUGCUCCUCAGGGGGCAAGUGGGCUGACUUCUCUCGCCGCGUCGGCUCCAAAGAUCACAGCCUCGAGCUUCAUCCUGAAUCGCCCUCAGCGGCGCUACUCCUCGUCGAAACCCUCAAGAUCCGAUGAGCCCAACGAUAUUGCCGCCGGCCAGUCGGUGCCGGCAUCUACCUCGCGCGGAGAGAGCAAAGGCAGCAGGAAACGAAAGAGCAAGGAUUCAGCCGACCGAAAUGCGGCUUUCAAGAAACUGCCCAGUGUUCCCAGCACUCACCACAUGUCUCAAGAAGCCCUGAGCUUAUCGAGCUUCUUCUCACUCCACCGUCCCAUUUCCAUCACCCAGACCAUGCCCAGGACUGUUACAGACGAGCACUUUGCCUCCAUAUUUGCGCCUCGAUCAAAGUCGAACAGGAUACAAGACACUGUUUCUACAAUCUCUGACACCAUUGACCAGCUGGAAGGCCCCAUGGCCCAGGUGACAAUAGGAUCUCAGGAUCAAGGGGCUGGCGAUGGUAUGCACCGAGUUGAUGUCAAGAAUCCUGACGGAACCGAGUCGAGCAUCUAUCUCCAGGUUGAUACCAUGUCUGGAGAUUUCUUGCCCUUCCGCCCUCCUCCGCUGCCCGAGGCGCAGCAAGGCGUUGAGGCUGAAGGAGUUGCGGCUGAGGCUGAAGCUUUGGAAGAGGCUCACCACCGAGUUUAUAAGGCCAUGUUCACCAUUGAGGAGUCCACAGAGUCAGACGGCCAAAUCAGGAUCAUCGCCCACAGCCCCCGAAUUAUCCAGGACGAGCAGCCCCGGAGCUUCUUGGAGCGUCUGGCUGUCCGCCAACUGCGAGUUGACCAAGCUCGCGGCCAGCGUGACCUCUACGCCAUCAGCGUUAAGAGACAACGAAAGCUCAAGAUGAAGAAGAAGAAGUAUAAGAAGCUAAUGAAGCGAACAAGAAACUUGCGCCGCAAGCUGGACCGAACCUAAGGGGGCUAGGCUUGGGCUGUGCAGAAAUUCGCAUUUAUUUUAUUUUUCCUCUAUUGCGUUGGGUUUCGACCGGUUCAUGGGUUGGUGUCUGUCUGGCGGUUGGCAGCUUUUUGUCAGCCAUGAGUUACGCAACGCGCUCCUGAGACUUUUUCUCUUCCAUAGACUCGCGAAGAUGACUUGUUGUCAUGUGUUGUGGUGCAUGGCUGGGACAUGGCAUUUUCCCGUUAGAUCGAUUUUGUAAAAUUAGUAUGAAUAAGACGAACAUGUAUCAACACAUUUGAUGAAUCGUUGCAAUGUUCCUUCGUACAUCUCUAUGGAAGGAGCUAAAUAGGCUAUCACCUGGUAUUGCACCUCUCUUUAGACUGGUGGGCAAGUCUCUAUGAAGGUUUACAUCUUUGCAUGACUAUAAAACUUGAGUGUUCC